GUAGCAGUGGUGGUUGGAAAUAUCAAGAAUCUCAUUCUAACCACCACCUUUUAACCCCCAUUCCUCCACCAGCACCUAACUCCCCUAUCCACAUAAAUUCUCCUCAUCACACUCACCGACUCUACACAGAACACUUCGAUUCUUUCUUUCUCAGUAAAAAAAUGGCACCAAAAAAGCCAAACCAUGUAGUAGUAAUGGCAUUUCCAUAUGGAACACAUGCAAUGCCAUUAUUCAAUCUAGUACGCAGAUUAGCAAUUCAAGCACCAACAUUAACGUUUUCAUUCUUCUCAACAUCAAAAUCAAAUCAAUCAGUUUUUGGAACAUCAUCAAAUAAUAACAUAAUACCAAGUAAUAUCAAGUCAUAUGAUGUUGAUGAUGGGGUACCAAAAGAUUUUACAGGACAUCAUAUGGCUGAGAUGGUUUUCUUUCUGAAAUCCAUGGUUGAGAAUUACAAAAAUGGGAUUCAUUCGGUGUACGGUGAUGAGAUGAAGAUGAUCAAGUGUUUCAUAUGUGAUUCUUUCAUGCAUUUUGGAAGUGAUAUGGCUGAUGAACUGGGUGUUCCUAUGGUUUCGUUCUGGACUGCUGGUCCUUGUUCUUUAGCCACUCAUUUUUAUACUGAUCUUAUCCGUCAAUCCAUUACUCUUGGACCUGAUGGUAUUGGAGGACGCGAAGAAGAAAUCAUUGACUUCGUCCCAGGAUUAUCUCUUAUAAGAAUCAGAGACUUGCAAGAAGGUAUUAUUUUUGGAGGCUUGGAGUCAGAAUUCUCAGUUAUGUUGCAUAAAAUGGGACUAGCAUUGCCGCGUGCUGCUGCAGUUACCAUGAAUUCCUUUGCGGAACUAGACUUGCCGAUUAUCGAAGAUUUCAAAUCCAAGUUUCAAAAGUGUCUGACGUUAGGUCCAUUUACACUAACUUCUGAAAGUUCAUCUCAUAUUAAUGAUGAUCCUAAUGGUUGUCUUACAUGGUUAGACAAGCAAAACCCAACUUCAGUAGCUUAUAUUAGUUUUGGUACAGUGACUACACCACCACCACAUGAACUUGCUGCCUUAGCAGAAGGAUUAGAAGAAAGUGGUGUGCCGUUUCUAUGGUCAUUGAAAGCCCAUUUGGUGGGUCAAUUGCCUAAUGGAUUCCUUGAGAGGACUAAGGGAUUCAUUGUUCCCUGGACGCCCCAACAACGAGUACUUGGGCACCAUGCAGUUGGUGUUUUUGUGACACAUUGCGGAUGGAAUUCAGUGAUGGAGAGCAUAACAGCUGGUGUGCCAAUGAUAUGCCGUCCAUUUUUCGGCGAUCAGAGAAUUAACUGUCGUAUGGUAUCAGACGUUUGGGGGAUAGGGACUAGGAUUAAAGACGGAGUGUUCACGAAGGCCGGAACGAUGGAAUGUUUAGAUAUGGUCUUAUCUGAAGAGAAAUUCAGAGAGAAGGUUGGUGCCCUUAGAGGUCUUGCGAAACAUGCUGUUGGUCCAAAAGGGAGUUCUACCAAAAAUUUCAACACUCUAGCGGAGAUAGUUUGUAAAGACUGACAACAAAAAUGCGCUAUUUUUUUCAUAGUAAAUGUUUGUGAAUUAUUCACUUGGAAGAAAUGGUAAAGAUUGAUUAUGGAGGACUUGUAAUUUGUUAUCUGUUGUCUGUAGUCUAUUGAUUAUGCACUCUCAUAGUUGUGUCUUAGGUUCCCUUAAGGCUUUGAAAUAAAUUGUAAUUGGAUGUGAACUUGUUUUAGUAUAAUUUGUAUUACAGUCUAUUAACUUUCAUUUGAA